AUGGACCCGGAUUUCGUCGUUUAUGAUACUACAGAAGUUGCUAUUAGCCGUAACCCUCAAGGUAGAAAAGUCAUUGAAUGCUUAAAUGAUGGGUCGAAAUUUAUUUUGGAAAAAACAAUAGGGAGAGGCUGCUUUUCCAAGGUGAAACAAUCUUAUAUAGUCUAUUGGCUAUUUUAUUAAAAUUUUAGCAAAAUAGCCAGCUUUGAUAUAUACGCUCAAUUUUCUAUAAAAAUACUAAUAAAAUAUAAAAUAAGCUAUAGAAUUUUUCGAGAUGAAAAUGGAAAUGAAGAACAAGCAAUUUACGCUAUCAAAAAAAUGCACAAGCCGACACUGAAAAAACAAAGAUGCGUGCUCUACGACUCCACAAAUACCAUGAAAAUGGCUAAUAACUGAGAAAAAGUAAAAACAGAAAUAAGCAUUUGAAGAACCCUUUGCCAUCCUAAUAUAAUCCGCCUUUACGAAGUAAUUGAUGAUAGAAACCACGAUUACGUAUACCUAGUGAUUGAAUACGCAGAUUGCGGACAAAUAAUGAAGUGAAAAUCUGAUGAACAAAGAUAUGAGCUCAACAAUGAUGUCGUGGGCUGGCUAAGAGAAAAGUACCCAGAAGUCUAUGAAAAAUUUGAUGAAAGAGAAGCUACUGCAAAAAUAAUUUUCAGCCAGGUCGCUCAAGGGGUUGAAUAUUUGCAAAAUCCAACUAGAAAUGUUAUUCACAAAGAUUUAAAACCUGAUAAUAUCUUAUUUUGUAGUAUGGACUGCAAUGCAAAGCUAACUGAUUUUACGAUUUCACAGAAGCUAGAAACUCCUGAGACACUUUGUUAUAACCCGCCAGGGACGACACCUUUUCAGGCGCCUGAAAGCAUGUUUUCAGGGAAUGGAUUUUCAGGCCAAAAAUCUGAUGUUUGGGCUAUGGGAAUUUGUAUGUAUGCUAUGAUGUCUGGAGGUUUUUUACCUUUUUGGUCUAACGAAAGCGAAAUCCAGACUCAGCUCUCUAUUCAAAACCAAGAGCUUACUCUUCAUGAAUCUUUUUCUGAUGAUUUCAAAGAUCUACUUUUGAAAAUUUUGACAAAAAACCCAGAUGAAAGAAUUUCAAUACAAGAAAUACUGACUCAUAGGUGGCUAAAUAUCAAAAAUUAA